CUCUCCCUCUUUGGGCACAUCGGCUGUCCUUGCAUAACAUCCAGCGAACUGCACGGCCCGUAGACGAGCUUCGACGCGCUAUUACAAGGUGACACUCUCGCGAUUUCACGUGCGCCACUGCCGCCUACAUAUUCGACAGCAGGUGCUGCAACGCUUUUGACCAAUCAGUGGCCUGCAGUUUCUCAUCAUCAUUCUGUACCCACUGAGGCUAUAAUUUACAAGUCAAUAGUGUCAGACUACAAGAAACGUCAUUCUGCUUCCCCUUCACAUACAGCUUAUUCUUUCUUGUGUUCGUUGGGAGCGGCGUGUUAUCUUCAAGUUCGAACUGGUGCAACUCCAGCUUUACCUAAUCAGGACCCAGCAAGAUGGUUCAACCACAACAACACAAGCUGUCUAUAUUGAACGAGACUCCAAGAACCUUCGAAGGUCCAGAACUCCUACACAAGCUGGUGCCCCAGGUUUCAACUGUAUCAGCGAUCGAUUUCCUGGAACAUGGAAUCAAGAGACGGAAAUUUUCCUAUCAACAACUGCAUACACUGAGCGACAUCUUAGCGCAGCGGAUUAUUGAGCUAACGGCAACGCUAGAAAAUGCGUCCGCUGUUGUUCCAGUUCUACUGCCGCAGUGUCCAGAGCUAUACAUUGUGUUGCUGGCGAUCCUGAAGGCAGGUAAAGCCUUUUGUCCCCUAAACCUCGAUACCCCAGACGAGAGGUUGAAAUUCAUUCUUUCGGAUAUCUCUGCGGACUUGCUCAUAACGAAUACCACGCUCUUGGACCGACUUCAAUCAAAGCAUGAGGUCCGGACAAUAUGCGCAGAUCGCGAACUGCUGAACGGUGACGAGUUAAAUGCCACAGCUCUGCCACAUAUCGACAGCACUGAUCUGGCGUAUGUGCUAUAUACCAGUGGAUCUACCGGGUUGCCCAAAGCUGUGAGCGUAUCCCAUCGCGCUGUCACACAGAGUUUGUUGGCCCAUGAUAGUCACAUACCAGGCUUCGCGCGCUUCCUCCAGUUCGCUGCUCCUACAUUCGAUGUUUCGAUAUUCGAAAUAUUCUUUCCCUGGUUCAGAGGAAAGACCUUAGUCGGUUGUCUGCGAGAGCGGAUGCUGGAAGAUCUCCCUGGCAUAAUUGAAACACUCGCAGUAGAUGCCGCUGAGCUCACGCCGACGGUUGUUGGGAACCUCCUGCAAGGCCGAUCGAGUGUGCCCGGAUUGAAGUUGCUACUCACUAUUGGCGAGAUGCUUACCCAGCAUGUCGUGACCGAAUUCGGUAGCAGCGCCUCUCGAGCGGGAAUUCUUUGGGCUAUGUACGGCCCCACAGAAGCCGCAAUACAUUGCACCUUACAGGCUCGAUUCGAAACUUCUUCCUCAACCGGCAACAUUGGUUACCCCCUGGAUACAGUCUCGACUUUCGUAGUCGCUCCAGCUGAGAGUGCACUAGGGAAGACAAAUGUCACAAUUCUGCCGUGGGGCGAAGAGGGCGAGCUUGCACUCGGAGGGUAUCAGAUUGCAGAGGAGUAUCUCAAUCGGCCCGAAUUGACAGAUGCAGUCUUCGUCAAUCAUCCCGUGUAUGGUCGAUUAUACCGCACUGGCGAUCGUGCAAGAUUUCGCGAUGACGGUCUGAUUGAAUGCCUCGGUCGUAUCGUCACUGGCCAAGUAAAACUGAGAGGUCAGCGAGUGGAGCUUGGCGAGAUAGAGCAAGUUAUCCUGAAGGUUGAAGGGUGUCGCGUUGUGGUUGCAGCGAUCGUCGACGACACUUUGGUGGCUUUUUGCGCGACGACUUCGGGCAAGGUAUCGAGUACGGAGGUGCUUCGAAUGUGCAAGCAAUGGCUCCCAGCCUUCAUGAUACCUUCGGACGUACUCAUAUUACCGAGCAUGCCUCAGCUUCCGUCUGGAAAGAUUGAUAAGCGCUCUUUGGAAGCGGCAUACUCGGAGUCCCUUCAGCAUCAUGGUACUGACGACAGCCUCGACUUGCAGCCCGACGAUCAUGCUGCCCUUGCGAUCCUACGACUAAGUCAGGACUGCUUAGGCCGGAGGCUCUCAUUGGAUUCAGAUCUUGGAGCUGCUGGACUGGACUCAUUGCGAGCAAUUCGCAUUGCGUCAAGACUUCGAAAGGAGGGUUACAAUAUCAGUGCUGUAGAGGUCCUAGCUUCGCCAACUCUGUAUGACCUCAUCAGAUCUUGCAAGGCAACAUCACUCCUUAUUGAGCCCUCGGGGUCUACGGAAAACUCAUCAGAUGAUGACCUCACAUCCACGAGCCCCAAAUCCGCAUCUGAGAACUUAAACAUCGAUUUUAUUUCUCCAUGCACACCACUACAGGAGGCAAUGCUCGUUGAGACAAUGUCAAGACCAAGCGCGUACUGUAAUUGGAUCGAACUGGAGCUCACUGUGACACGCACACACGACGAAAUAGUCGCGGCGAUAUCACAACUUGCUAAGGAUAAUAGCAUUCUGCGCUCGGGAUUCCGCCCUUCCAUCCAUGGCACCGGGAGUUUUGAACAAAUCACAUGGAAGGAGCUGGAAAUGACACAAAUCAAGAACGUUUCAAGAUUCGAGAAAGCCUACACACUGAGUAGCACAAAAGACUUGCUACGACCGUUUGCAGUCAGUAUACAGGAUGGACCGAAACAGCAACAUAUACUUGUUCAAAUACACCACGCAAUGUAUGACGGCUGGUCAUUCGACCUAAUUUUAACGGAUCUUGAUAAGCUUCUGCGGGGAUGGGGACCAACAAAACGUCCUCAAUUUUCUGAUGUCAGUCGCUAUUACACACAACGACGAGGAACAUCAGCAUCAGAAGAGGACACGAGGUACUGGGCACACCUACUUCACGAUUACACACCUACAACUCUAGUCAACUACAACGGAGAGACAAGAACCGAAGCAGGUCUUCGAUCAUACCGUAAACGCUCUGUGAUCGAUAUUGAGCGCUUGUCCGCAAAAGCCCGCUGUCUUGCUGUCAAUCCUCAAGUUUUCUUUCAAGCCGCAAUUGGGUACAUCCUAGGGCUUUACACUGGGUCGACAGACGUGGUUUUCGGCAACGUCACUUCCGGAAGAACACUACCAGUGACUGGUGUAGAGGAUAUUGUCGGCCCGUGCAUAGCCUCAUUACCUUGCCGCCUGGAUUUUGGUACAUUCUCGAAGGCACACGAGGCACUAGAGGAAGUUCAACGUCUGAAUCGCGAAGGUUUACGUCAUUGUACAUUACCAUUACGAGAUAUCGCAAGAGCAGCAAAGGUACAGCCUGGUACAAAAUUGUUUGAUGUACUUUUUGUAUGGCAGCAGUCUUCAACUUCUGGCAAUACCUCUUCACUCGCAGCAAAGAUCGUCGACAGCGCUGACGAUCUUGAAUUCAAGCUCACACUCGAGUUUGAACCAUGCGACAGCUUUAUCUCUUUCCGUGCCAUGUUCGAUCCAUCAAUCCUACCAGAGAAGCAGGUCAUCUCCCUCUCGCAGCAGAUCGACGAAGUCGUUGGAAAGCUCCUGGAUGACACUAGCUGCACGAUAGCCGAUAUUGGGCGCAGCUUCACCACCUCAAGCCUUUCAAUUGCGAACCCGGAUUAUCAGCAUAGUUGCGAUAGCGAUAGUCUCUCGCACGCAGUUGAGACAUGGGCAAAAACCUCCCCUGAAAAGGAAGCUGUCAUAUUCGGUCAUGUCUUGGAUGGUGUGAUGAGUGUCAAAGAAACGGCGACCUACUCGGGCUUGAACACUCGAGCUAAUCAACUGGCUCGUUUGUUUUCAGAGCAUGGAGUGGCCGAAGAUCAUCUGGUGUGUAUCAUGAUGGAGAAAUGCGUAGAUCUAUACGUUAGCAUCCUUGCCGUGUCAAAACUCGGAGCCGGAUACUUACCGCUUGUACCCGACACACCGGCUGAAAGACUCAGUACUAUACUCAGGGACGCCAAGGUCACACUUUGUGUGAGCGAUUCCUUGACUCUACCAUCGCUUCGUAAGGCUUUUCAAGGCAUCAUCGUCAAUCCCGGCUCGAUAGACUUUUCCACGUAUUCAAAGGAAAACAUUGAUACACCAUACCAUGGUAAACACAUAGCCUACGCUGUAUUCACGAGUGGAAGCACAGGCGUACCGAAGGGCGUUUUAGUUACGCAGCAGAACUUGAUGAGCAAUCUCAAAUUCUUGUCCGGCUUGUACCCAGCAUCCCCUGAAUCGAGAAUGCUCCAGUCGUGCUCACAAGCCUUCGAUGUGUCGGUCUUCGAGAUAUUCUACGCAUGGUAUGUAGGCAUGUCGCUCUGCACAGCGAUGAAAGAGGACCUAUUCCGCGACUUCGAAGCUUCGAUAAACAAUCUGGGGGUGACACACCUUAGUCUUACACCCACUGUAGCAGCUCUCGUCAAUCCGAAUAAUGUGCCAAAGGUCGAGUUUCUCGUGACCGCAGGAGAAGCAUUGACAGAGCACGUCCGACGGCGAUGGGCAGGACGCGGCUUGUACCAAGGCUAUGGUCCGUCCGAAACAACGAACAUUUGUACGGUACGACCUUCUGUGACGUCUAAAGACUUGAUCAACAACAUUGGACCACCCUUCGACAACACAUCUGCGUUCGUACUGGACCCGAGCAGUAAGACCAUCCUUCCCCGCGGAGCAGUGGGAGAGCUCUGCUUUGGCGGAGAACAGGUGUUUCGUGGCUAUCUCAAUCGACCAGAGCUCAAUGAUGCGAAGCUGAUUGAUAUUGCACCUUACGGCAGGAUUUACCGAUCUGGAGAUAUGGGAAGACUUCUUCCUGAUGACUGCAUCCUUUCGGCCGGUCGCUUGGACGACCAAGUGAAGAUUCGCGGUCAGCGAGUCGAGCUUGGAGAAAUCACAUCAAUUGUAUUGGAUGACAUAGAUGUUGCCGAUUGUGUGACUCUUCUUUUCUCCACAGAGAAUGGCGCCAAGAGUCUGGUAACAUUCUGGGUUCACAAGAAAUGUACGAGUGAGCUUUUCGCUGUAACAGAUGCUGGCAAAACCAGUUCCACUAUAUCGCGGAUUUUUGGGUCCCUCUCAAGGCAGCUACCUACGUACAUGAUACCGACUUACCUCAUUGGCAUAACCAAAAUUCCCAUGACUGCUCAGGCCAAGGUCGAUAAGAGACUACUGCAGGAAACGUUCAACAACGUCAAGGACAGCGGCCCUGAACAGUUUACAUCCACACAAACCAUUAAUGGUAACACCGUUGCAGAUAUUGAUGACGCAGCGGAUCCUUUAUCAGAUUGGGAAAAGAGCGUCGCAGAACAUCUCGCACGCAUACUCGAUAUCGAUUUGAAAGGGAUCCGGCGGGAAUCGUCCUUGUUCAACUUGGGUCUGGAUUCUGUAUCAGCGAUUCGCUUUUGCUGGAGUCUCAGAAAGUCUGAUGUCGCUGAUUUUACGGUGGCUGAAGUGCUCAAGAAUCCAUCUAUCUCUUACUUGGACGCGAAACGCAGGGAGAGGACUGCUGCUUCAAACCUGAAAUGCUCUUCAUCCGAAAAGCUUCUCAAUGUCUUCACAGAACAACAGAGAUAUUCGAUCCGUUCGGUAUUUGAAAAUACAGGCCUUGAGGUGGAAAAGAUCAAUCCUUGUACCCCUCUACAAGAAGCUAUGCUGGCAAGUAGUGCUUCCUUUGAGGCUGCUUACAGUAAUACUAUGAUCUUUGAUGUCAAAGGUGAUCUUCCUCGCCUCCAGGCAAGCUGGAAGCUUGCACUGGUUCGUCACGAGAUGCUGCGGACCUCAUUUGUUCCCUCAGAUCACCCCGACUUUGCUUACGCACAGGUGGUGCUGAAACACUGGGACCUCCAGUGGGACCAAUUGGACAACUUCCAGGAAGUACAGCUUCGGGCAGAUGCAAUCGUUCAAGGCCUUGUUGCAUCUCACAGACCACCUCUGUACCUGGCAGUCCAUAUAACAGAGUUGACAACAAAACUCAUAUUUAGCUGCCAUCAUGCACUCUAUGACGGUAUUGCUAUCACCAAUUUGUUGGGGGAGAUUCAGAAGACCUACUUCGACCAUGAACUACCACCUGCCGUCUCUUACGACCGAUAUCUGCAGCACUUGGUAUUUGAGGACGUGGCGGAGACAAAUGAGUUCUGGCUAAACCACUUUUUAAACUUCGAACCAACCUACUUUCCAGACCUGACUGGUAUGGCUCAGAAAAUCACUGGGACUUUUCGGUCAACAAAGCGAGACCUCAAAAUCCCUUUGAGUGCACUUCGGUCGGCAUCUCGGCAGGUCUCUGUUUCCGUGCUUCCCAUGGUACAAGCCGCUUGGGUGAAAUUGUUGCAUUACUAUACUGGCGAGUACGACUUAUGCUUCGGGAACAUCGUCAGCGGUCGUGCUAUUCCAGAAGAGGGGCUCGAUGCACUUGUAGCGCCUUGCUUCAAUGCCCUACCGGUCCGGGCCAAACUCGAUUUCUCGAAACCCAACGCAGAACUCGUUCAACAUUUGCACAACUUCAACGUGGACACAUUUCCGUACCAAUUGACAGCCCUUCGGCGUAUUCAGAAUGCUGUCUUGGGAGACGGGUGUCGAUUAUUUGAUACCCUAGUCGUUCUACAACAACCAAGCAAACCCCUUGAUGAAACCAUCUGGAGCCUUGAGGAGGAUAUGGGUGAGAUGGACUUGCCCGUGGUGUGCGAAGUGUAUCAAGACGAACAAGGCGACUGCCUAAGAUUGACGCUACAUUACAAGACCGACUUGCUGUCUGAUGAGGACGCGCAGAUAGUGGCUCAAACUUUCGAUAGCAGCCUAUGGGAUCUAGCUCAUCAUCCCGAUGCUGCUGCCAACGAUCCCAUUGACAUACCUCACACUCUUAGGGCCAUUUCGAACCCAAGUCUGGAGCGCUUGCCGACGAGAUCAGAUCUGCUGCACAAAGCCUUCGAGCAAAACGCAUCUUCUUUACCGCCCGAUGCCAUUGCUCUAGACUUUUUGCAUUCGGACGACAGACGAACAAGAUGGUCGUACCAAACGCUGGACAUGUUAGCCAAUCGCGUCGCAUACAGACUGAUGCGUCACGGCGUUGGCGUUGAAGACGUCGUCCCGAUUCAUAUGUUGAAGUCCCCGAUGUUUUAUGCAAGUAUUGUUGGCGUGCUUAAGGCCGGCGCCGCCUUUGCACCAGUCCAUCCGGAUCUGCCGGAAGCUCGCAAGGACGUGAUGUUCAAAGACUUGAAUCCGAAAGUUGUGCUGUGCACAGAACACGUACCGAGCCUCGGAGACCCGGCUUUUGCAAUCAUUCUCAACCUCACAGAUCUUGAGGAUUCGAGCUACGACGACUGCGAGAUAUCAAAGAUUGACAACCUGAGAGGCUCGAACUUGGCGUACUGUCUUUACACAAGCGGCUCAACUGGUGUCCCCAAAGCAGUCAGUGUGGACCAUCAAGCUCCGGUUCAGACCAUAGAAAGUUCGAGGGCACUCGUGCCGUGGACGCAGUCUUCGAGACUCUUGCAGUAUGCAGCGAUUACUUUCGACAUGUGCUACUAUGACUGUUUUUUGGCUUGGACGCUUGGCUUCACUCUCUGCUCAGCCGAGCAGCACAUCAUGUUCGACAACCUCCCGCAUGUCAUUAACUCGCACAAUGCCACUCUACUGGACCUCACGCCCUCAGUAGCCGCCUCUUUGUCACGGCUUGAUGUACCCGGUGUGCAGUGGCUUUAUUGUAUUGGAGAGGCAAUGUCAGACGACGUUGCCGCAGAAUGGGGUGGCGCUUGCGUCAACUCCUACGGGCCUACUGAAGCCGCCUUCUGUACGACCAUGUUUCCCAUUUCGAAGGACACAAAGACAUCUAUUAUUGGACAGCCAUAUCCAAGCACGUCUUUCGCCGUGUUUUCACUCCAAGGACAACAGCCUUUACCCUUGCUAAGUACCGGAGAACUGUACAUUGGAGGUGCACAGCUCGCUAGAGGCUAUUAUGGUCGAUCUGAGCUGACCAACGACCGCUUUGUGACCCGAUGCGGCCAAAGAUUCUACAAGAGUGGCGACGUAGUACGCAAGCUAAGUAACGGCAACUUUGAGUUCAUCGGUCGCGCGGAUGAUCAGGUGAAGAUACGCGGACUGAGAGUCGAGCUUGGUGAAAUCAACCAGGUGUUACAACAUUCCGAUUUGCGUAUCAAUUCUGUUGUGACGCAGAUUUUGAAGAAAGACACAGAUGCCAAGGAGCAAUUGGUCUCUUUCCUCGCCAUGGGCCGUGAACUCGAACCAACUGAAGAGUCGGAGUUUCGAAGAAAUGCCAUGCAAGCUGCGAAGCAUAAGCUGCCUGGGUACAUGGUUCCUCAGAUCUAUGUAUUUGUGAGCAGUAUACCGAGAUCGAUGGCUAGCAAGGUCGACAAGAAAGCUUUGUCAGACAUCUUCAAAGCUGCCACUGCUGUGAAGCGCUUGUCGAAUGAGAUGGUCGUCAAUCAUACGUGGACUGAUGUCGAAAUGCUUAUCCGCGAUGUGCUAAGUCGACUAUCGAGAGCACCAGCUGAUGAGAUUCUCCCAGAACUAUCGAUCUACCAGCUGGGACUCGAUAGUAUCAGCGCAGUCCAGAUUGCUUCCGCACUUCGGAAGCAAGGCUAUGAAGCCAGUGCUUCAGACGUCUUGAAGUAUCCCACUUGCAUUGACCUUGCAGAACAUGUUAGGACGCGAUCUCAUGCGAUUCGACUUCGAAAUGAGCCUUUUGAUUUCCAAGCCUUCGAGAGGAAGCACAGACCCGGCAUUCUAGGUAGCUGUGGGUUCGAUGAUCAGCUCAUCGAAGCCAUUCGGCCAUGUACACCCCUUCAGCAAGGCAUGCUCUCUCAAUAUAUUGCUCAAGAUGGACUUGUGUACUACAACUAUAUCCGUCUCAAAAUGCGGGACGCCAAUAUGGAUGUUACAAGGCUGAAAGAUGCCUGGAGGAAGACAAUGACACGACAUCCCAUCCUCCGGACAGGGUUCGCUCAAGUCAAGGACGAGCAAUACUCCUUCGCGAUGGUCCAGCAUAUGCCUGACUCAUGCAUAUUACCGUGGUCAGAAAAUUCUGAUACGGAUCCUCAGCUCGCUGCAGAGAGAUUGGGUCAGCUACAGCGGGAGAGUCUGACCCAGCUUCAUCAGCCAAUGUGGGACCUUCGGAUCAUCACCCAUGAUGGGGAGCUCUUCCUCGACCUGUCAAUGUUGCAUGCGUUGUUUGACGCGCACAGCUUGCAGCUAAUCUUUGAAGACGUUGUUGCUACCUACUGUGACCAACCGCUAAGGGAGAUUUCUCUCCCUGAAUCGACGCUAAGCGAGCUUCUGCAGCUCACCAACAAGCAGAGCGAGCAAACCCAGGAAUUCUGGUCUCACUUAGGGAAGCAGACAGUCUCAUCACGUUUCCCAAAUAUGACACCCCUCAGACUUGAACCAGCUCACCCAGUGGUACUCACAAGACUUUCUUCCAUGUCCGUCUUGGAGAUGGAACACGCCUGUCGCGCGAAAGACGUCACUCUCCAAGCUGCUAGUAUCGCCAGUUGGUCGACGAUCUUGUCAGCAUACACAGCGGAGCCUACAGUGACCGUUGGUAUUGUGCUUUCCGGCCGCACUUCGGACAUGGCCAAUAACGCUGUUCUCCCGUGUAUCAAUACAGUACCUUUCCCAUGCACAGUAACCGACGACAAGAUGGCGACUAUGAAGUCAGUCAUGAAACUCAAUGCAGAACUGUACCAACAUCAGUUCACCCCGCUCAACAAGAUCCAGAAGCUGAUGGGGUUGGCGAACGAAUCUCUUUUCGACUCACUGUUUGCUUUCCAAAAGCCCACUGGAGGAAGUCAGCAGAGCAAACUGUGGACAGUUGAUGAAGAGAAAGCAACGACAGAGUACCCAAUCUCCAUUGAGUUCGUCCUAUCGCAAGAGGUCUUACAAUACCGAUUGACAUACCUACCGCACAUCAUUCCAUCUCAACAGGCGAACAUGAUCCUUGAACAACUGGAUCAUGUUAUGAGAGCCUAUAUCAUUGAUAAACCCGAGACUGCGGCUGGGUCUUUCUUCGAUCAAUCAAUCUACUCCAUCACACCAGCCAAGGAAUCAACUUUGCCAUCUGAAGUAAAGCUGCUCCACCAAUUUGUCGAGUCUACUGCUGAUGUCUGCCCUGAUCGGGUUGCGUUCGAGUUCGCAAGCUCAAUACACGACGAUCAGGUCACAAGCAAGAGGUGGUCAUACCGGGAGCUCGAUGCAGAAGGCAAUAGAAUUGCAAGCUUGCUGUUAGCCCGUAACGUUCAGCAAGGUGGACUUGUCGGUGUGUGCUUUGAAAAGUGCCCUGAAGCGUCCUUCGCGAUGCUGGGUAUACUGAAAGCUGGAUGUGCAUUUGUUGCUAUCGAUCCAAGUGCACCUGGCGCACGUCAAACUUUUAUGGUCGAAGAUUCUGGUGCUCAAGUUGUACUCACGAUGAGCUCACAAUCUUCGGGCUUCACGAAACACGUUAAGGUGCCAGUGAUCAAUCUUGACAGGAUCAGUACCCACAACUUAUCGUCAUCGAGGCCGCCACUCGAGAGGCCUAUCGUACCUCAAGAUCGCAGCUAUUGUCUGUAUACCAGCGGUACUACUGGCACGCCUAAAGGCUGUGAGUUGACCCAUGAAAAUGCAGUACAGGCACUGCUUGCCUUCCAACGUUUAUUUGCAGGCCACUGGGACUCAAACUCGCGCUGGCUGCAAUUUGCAUCUUUCCACUUUGAUGUUUCCGUGCUUGAGCAGUAUUGGAGCUGGUCAGCAGGUAUCUGUGUCGUCUCAGCGCCGCGAGAUCUCAUCUUUGAGGACCUUGCAAACUCUAUUCGCACACUCAAUAUUACGCACAUCGACCUUACACCAAGUCUAGCCCAGACACUGCACCCAGACGACGUACCUAGUCUCUGCAAAGGAGUUUUCAUUACCGGUGGUGAGAGCCUGAAGCAGGAGAUUCUGGAUGUCUGGGGUCCCACCAGUGUAAUCUAUAACGGCUAUGGACCCACUGAAGCUACGAUCGGAUGUACCAUGUACCCACGAGUUCCAGCCAACGGCAAGCCUUCUAACAUUGGACAUCAAUUUGACAACGUUGGUUCAUACGUGCUCAAGCCUGGCACAGACAUUCCUGUACUUCGGGGUGGGGUUGGUGAGCUUUGUGUUUCUGGCAAACUUGUUGGCAAAGGCUAUUUGAAUCGCCCUGACCUAACAGAACAGCGUUUUGCUCACCUUGACCGCUUCAAAGAGAGAGUCUAUCGCACUGGAGAUCUGGUCAGAGUGUUGUAUGAUGGCACGUUUGAUUUUCUAGGACGUGCAGACGACCAAGUCAAACUGCGCGGUCAGCGACUCGAAAUUGGCGAGAUCAACUCUGUCAUCAGACAAUCGAGCAAGCACUUUACGGACGUCGCGACAAUAGUCCUCAAACAUCCCAAACAACAAAAAGAACAGCUUGUUGCGUUCGUCGUCAUUGGUAUGAAGUCUCUUCGCGAGCCAAAAGUACUCCUCGGCGAAACAGUCAAUCUAGGCGGGGCAAAGGACGCAUGCCAUGACAAGCUUCCACCUUACAUGGUUCCCACACAUUUCGUUCCUUUAGCUUCUAUGCCUCUCAAUAUCAACAACAAAGCCGAUGGUAAGCAGCUAAGACAGAUAUAUGAAGCAUUGUCGACCAGUGACCUGCAGAAGCUAUCGGUGACCUCAACCACAUUGGACGAAACGUGGUCAAAGGAAGAAGAGAGGCUUCGCGUUGCUCUAGCUGAAGCUUUAUACGUCAGUGAAGAUGCUAUACACAAAACUUCCAGCUUCUAUGAGCUCGGUAUGGACUCGAUAUCCGUCAUUGGGGUGUCUCGAGCUGUGAAGCAAGCCGGUUUCACACAGGUCACUGCUGCAGUACUUAUGAGACACGCUACUAUUAGUCGACUUGCUAAGGCACUGUCUGCCUCUGGCGCGAAUACAUCCAAUCGUGGCUCCCUGCUAGCAGCACAGCAGGCGAUCAAUGCUGUACAGCACCGAUGCCGGAGGUCCGUCGCCGAGUCACUCGGUGUGGAGUCGCAAGAUCUGGAAGCGCUCGCUCCAUGUACCCCUCUGCAACAGGGUAUGAUUGCACGGUAUCUCGACAGCGAGGACGGACUCUACUUCAACACCUUCAAAUUCAAUUUGAAAGACGACAUUGACAUUCCUCGACUGUACUGGGCGUGGAAUUCAGUGUUUAUGGACACACAAAUCCUACGAACAGCUUUUAUCAACACAGACAAUGGCCAUGUGCAAGCGGUGUUGCAGAAUGUCUCACUACCAUGGGUCGAGCAUGAUGCCAAGUAUGCGUCAACACCAGAAUACCUACUCAGACUACGACAGUGCUGGCUUGAAGCGAACCGCAUUGAGCUUAUUCGACCAUUCGAAAUCCAUCUCCUGGGCACGAAGCUGUUGCUUGUCCACAUUUUCCAUGGACUUUACGAUGGAAACAGCAUAGAGCUCCUGCUCGAAGAGGUACACAGGAUCUAUUGUGGCACCACAGCCAAGAUUCUCAAUGUACCAACCUUCCAUGAAGCUCUUCCUCAUGGUCCCCUCUGUAUUCCUGAAGAUACACGGAACUUUUGGGAAGAGCAUCUGAAAGAUCAUGUAUCGGAUACACUGCCAUCGUUGACGAUAGAGAGAACAAGAGGCACAGUGGUAGUAACUCGAGAACUGGAGCCAGUCCCAGGAUAUGACAUCACAAGAAGGAAGCUCAACGUCACAGCCCAGGCGAUUGCCCAAGCCUGUUGGAUACAGACACUGCAGGAGUAUGCUUGUGUUCCAAUCACAACGGGCAUUGUGGUAUCUGGACGAAGUCUCGAACUUGCACAUGCUAAUCGCAUCGCUGGUCCAUUGUUCAACACAAUACCCUACCAACACCACACCCAAGUCGGUGAUACCUGGGCAUCGGCGAUCACCAGGGCACAUGACUUCAAUAUGGCGGCUCUUCCGCAUCAACAUACACCAUUGCGGGAUAUCGCGAAAUGGUCCAAGAGAAGCCCGACUCGGCCGCUGUUUGACACGUUGUUUGUCUAUCAGGUGGCGCAGACUGAUAGGAACCGGUGGAGAAACAACACGAUUUGGGAGCUGCUAGAUGAUGAUACUGUCGCAGACUAUCCUUUGGCAAUAGAGAUCGAGCAGAAAAGCUCUGACAGGUUCUCACUUACCUUAGUCACUCAAGGUCACAUCUCAAGCACGAAAACUUCGAAUGAGCUCCUCGAUCGAUUCGAAGAAGCACUGACAUGCGCAUUGACGGACUCCUCGAUGGUUCUUGAAACGGCCAUUCACCCAAGAUUGAGCACAUCGAAUGGUACAGCAGAACCCAACAUCACCAACGGAGAUUGCGAUGCGGCAAAGUUCGAUUGGGAUGACAAUGCUAUCGCGAUCAGGGAACAGGUCGCCAUUCUUGCUGGUAUCGAAAGCUUUCAGAUCAACGAGUCUACAUCGAUCUUCGAGCUCGGGUUGGACAGUAUUGACGCCAUCAAGCUGUCAUCGAGGCUCAAGAAACAUGGCCUCAGUCUACCGGUUAGCGGCAUCAUGCGAGGACUCACCAUUAAUAAAAUGGUCAGCAACAUACUGACAAGCCAGAACAAUGACACAAACUCCCAAAUCGAGGCAGGAUUUGCUCAUCGCAAGAGAGAGAUACGGCGCUAUGUUGAGUCAUGUGCAAUAGACAUGACCAAUAUCGACGAUGUCUUACCUUCCACACCAUUGCAAGAAGCCAUGGUAGCCGAGAUGGUAGCUUCAGACUACACCCGUUACUACAAUUUCGAUGUCGCAGAGUUGGCUGCAGAUACCGAUGUUAUCAGGCUCAGUAACGCCUGGCAUACCGUUAUAAAGUCAGCACCUAUACUCCGCACAGCGUUUGUCGAAGUCGAUCAUCCAGAAAUUGACGGAGCUUUCGUACAGGCAAUUGUCAAGCAAGAUUCGGUACAGUCUCCCGUAAAUAUCCAGCAUAUGAACACUGCACAACAACCCGACUUUCCCACCAUUUUUGAGGAGUUACGUCGCGCGGCCGUACAAUCAAAGACCCUAGACCCGCCUGUUAAGGUCAUUUUACUAGAAGCACCUCAACAUAAGUAUCAAAUACUUUCAAUUGCUCAUGCGCUCUACGACGGCUGGUCUCUGAGUCUGCUACACGAUUCUAUCAACGCGGCUUAUCACGGCGGAUUCCUUCACCCGCCUAGUUAUGAGACAACCUUAGCCGACAUUCUUGCUGGAUCCGGAUCUGGCUCGGAAGCUGCAACUUUCUGGAAGAACAACUUAGCUAAUCUGAAACCAAGCCUUAUGCCUCGCCGUCGAAUCUCCAGUACGGCUAUCGACAAGGUUCACCGCAACGAGAUGGCAAGCGCUAUGAAGCUCAACGACAUCACUGAUUUUGCCAAGAGCCACCGAGUGUCCCUUCAGACUCUAGGCCAGACCAUUUUCGCAAUAACACUGGCAUUGUACACUGGUCUAUUGGACGUCACCUUUGGCUGUGUGCUUUCCGGUCGUGACGACGAUGAGAAAUCCCAGUUACUGUUCCCAACUAUGAACACAGUUGCCAUUCGUACGGUGCUGCACGGUUCGCGUUCGGAAUUGCUACAGUACGUCCAGGAAAAUUUUACCGGUGUCAAGCAAUGGCAGAACUUCCCUCUACGGAAAGCAUCAGCUUUUGCAGGCGCGCAAGGCAAGCUCUUUGAUAGCUUAUUCAUCUAUCAGAAGAGCAUAGAGCAGCCCUCCUCUGCGGAGAAAGAGCUUUACCACAGCAUCGACAGUAAAAGUGAUGUGGAAUACCCGGUUUGUGUGGAGAUGGAGGUUGUCGACGACAGGCUAGUCUGGCGUUGCGCGAUCAAGGAAGAAAUUAUGGGUCCAGAUGAAGUUCAGGUACUGAUCGGUAGAUUGGACCAAGUCCUUCACAACAUCUUCCAAUCUCCUGAAGCACCAACCAUCGAAUCAAUCCCCCAAGGAAUUUCGGUGUGUGGCCUACCGGCCUUCGAAGAGACGAGUGCGAAUACAAAGGAAAGUGGUGCCACGAACAAGCAGCCAAGCUCCGCCAACGCUCCGUCAUUACAGACGCUCCGCCAGAUUCGAAAAGCACUAGCCUCCGUUGCCCAGAUACCCGAGGAUGAUAUCGAACAAGGCAUGUCAAUCUUCCAUAUUGGCCUGGAUUCCAUCAGUGCCAUCAAGGUGUCAUCUAUUCUUCGCAAGCAAGGCAUUGCUCUCAGUGUUGGCCAGAUGCUUAAGGCCGGUACUGUGGAAAUGAUGGCCGAGACUGCUGAUGAGAGAGCUCCCACUGUUGGAGACCAUAAUGAGCCGACCGUUGUGGUCAGCCGUACAUUGCGCGGACUUGAUCUAGCUGACAUCAUGAGCCGGGCGAGCGUGGACUCAUCACAGGUUGACAGCAUUCUACCUCUCACAGCUGGACAGCUGUACAUGCUCUCUAUGUGGCUCAACACCAAAGGCGCAAACUUCUUCCCAGAAUUUGUCUACGAGCUCGAGAGCCUGGUAGAUUUUGAAGCGUUAAAACACUCUUGGCAAGAGCUCAUGGCCUCAAACCCGAUACUUCGCACACGCAUCGUUCGGACCAAUCAGAGCGAUAUACCGUAUGUCCAGGUUGUGCUGAAGGAAACGAGUGCUUCGCUCACCGAGAUCACGGUCGACAAGGAACAUACUGUAACGUCCAUCAUGCAGCAACCUUGGGUCUACCUUUUCGCCUUGCGCACGGCGUCAGGUUGGUCCCUCAGACUAAAGAUUCAUCACGCUUUGUAUGAUGGCGUGAGCCUUCCGCUUCUGAUGCAGCAGUUCCAGGAUCUCUGCAACGGCGUUGUCUCCUGUACAUCAAGCUGUACACUUGAUAAGAUCAUUGCCGUAGCCCACAAUACGUCAGCACCACCGCAACGAAGAUCGUUCUGGACGCAGUAUCUUGGAAGCAUCAGUCCGCAUCAUAACAUCAAAGUGGAGGUCAGGCCCAUCUCAAAGACGGAAAUCUACCGACCCAGUUUCUUGGAAACAUCUGGUCUGGAAAGCAAGGCUCGGCAACGUGGCGUUUCCAUGCAAGCGCUUUUCCUCGCAGUCUACGCCAAAGUCUACGCGAUGAACUCGGUCUUGGCGCAGAGAGGAGAGGACGUCGUGAUCGGAAUUUACCUCGCCAACCGCUCGCUCCCUGUUUACGGGCUUUCGACAGCUGCAAUACUCACUGUCAACCUCCUCCCUCUGCGCAUUCAAACACCUCUCAGUACGCCCCUCAUCAAUGUGGCAGUCCAGAUCCAACAGGAUUUGCAAACCAUCGGCGAGCCGGCCCACGCAACAACCAGCCUCUUUGAGAUCAGCGAGUGGACAGGCAUCAAACUCGACACCUUCGUCAACUUCCUCAGCCUGCCCGAUGCCGAGACAGAAAGCGCGCGACCCACGGUCGGGGUGAAGAUCACGCCUAAGAGCAGCUGGCAAGACGCUGUCAGCAGGGUGACUCCCGUCGAUCACGGUGAUUGGCAAGUACCCCAGGACUUGGUGAAUGAGCGUGUGAAUGCGGCGUAUCUUCAUGCAAUUGAUGUGGAAGCUACGAUCCGUGAUGGGAAACUGGACGUUGGCGUUUUCGCACCGACUGAGAUGAUGAGUCUGGAGGAUGGAGAGAAAUUGAUUGAAAACCUGAGGUCUGAACUUGUAGGUCUGGGGCAAGACUGAGGUCAUUUAAUACAUGUUCAUGGCGUUGGUGUGAUGGGAGGAGUAGGGCUGCUUUGUACGGAUGUAUGACGUUUGCGUGAAGGGCUGUGAUCAAUCUUUUCGGAUUUAAGGAGUUCUGAGGGUGUUGGAGUUUGGCAUAUAGAUGAAUGACCUUGUACUCACUU